UCAUUGCUAUGGACCUUAUCCUAUUCCCAAGCUUACUGAAAUCAAGCGCAAACAAACAUCUCGUUUAGAUCCUCAUUUCCUCAACAAUAAAGAGAUGUCAGAUGUUACAUUCCUUGUGGAAGGAGCAUUUUAUGCUCAUAGAGUAUUACUAUUUACUGCAUCUCCUAGGUUUAAAGCCUUGUUGUCCAGCAAACCUCCCUCUGAUAGCACUUUCAUUGAGAUCAGCUACGUGAAGUAUCCCAUUUUCCAGCUUAUUAUGCAGUAUCUCUACUGUGGUGGUUCAGAGUCACUUCUCAUUAAAAACAAUGAAGUUAUGGAGCUUCUAUCUGCUGCUAAAUUUUUCCAACUUGAAGCAUUGCAACGUCACUGUGAGAUCAUCUGUGCCAAAAGUAUCAGCACAGAAAAUUGUGUGGAUAUUUAUAAUCAUGCCAAGUUUCUUGGAGUCACAGAACUAGCUUCUUUUUGUGAGGGUUACUUUCUAAAAAAUAUGAUGGUCUUAAUUGAAAACGAAGCUUUCAAACAGUUGCUGUAUGACAAAAAUGGAGAUUCACCCGGCCAAAAUGUUCUACAAGAUUUACAGAGGACGUUGGCAACACGGAUCCAGUCGAUUCAUUUAUCAUCCUCAAAAGGCUCCAUUGUAUAAAGUUCUGGAAGUGUUUGAAGUUUCAUCAGAGACGCUGCACGUGAAAUAUUGCUGUUGUAUUAUCUUGAGCAAAUAUAUAAUUCUUUUCCUACUGGAAUAUUACAUUGCGGUUAUGGGCCAAAGGUGCUGCCACUUACUUGAAUCUUCUUUUGGGCAAGAUGUUGUGGUACAAGUGACUCCUGAACAUUUUUGGAACUACAAGGGCGCAUUGGUGUCCUGUGAAUGUUGUUCACAUUCUGGAUGCAGAAGUGCUGUUGUGUAGCUAACGCCAGCAGAAGAUGGGCUAAGUGCUGGUAAAGAGCAGAAGCCCUGAAAAAAACAAGAAUGCCAUGGAACAAUUUUUUGACAAAACCAACACAUCAGGUUUUUAUUACACAAUGUUCUGUUCUGUUUGUUAUUUUCUUGUUUGGGAGGAGCCCUGUAAUACUUCCCACUUUCAAAGUCCAUUGUAUUACACAUAUAAGAAAUAUAGGACUGGAUUACUUGCAUAUUAGCAAAAUUUAAAAAAAUGAUAAGACUGUUAAAAAUGUGAAAAUGUAUUUUCACAACUUGUUAGUGGUGGGUUUUUUUUUUAAAAUGGUUCCUAAAUAAAUUGGAUGGCUCUAAAUUGUUUUCUCCAAAAGAUAUAUUUAAAAUUGAAUGUAAUAUGUUAAGUUUGGUUAUUCUUUUGUUUUUAUUGCUGAAACAUGCACUGUGCAAACAUAUAUAUGAAAAUGGUUCAGUUCAUAUGCUUUCUUUAAAACUGAUAUAAUCUUGCCCAAAUGUUCUGAUUACACCAAAGAGGUGCAAUUACCAAGAAUUUAAUAUUUGGGGUAGGGGGAAAAUCUGCAUGCUAGCUGUGGUUUGGGACUUAAAACAGCAAUGAAAUUCAACAUGCAUUUGCAUGGUAAUGGUACUUGUGAAAUGUUAUGUUUGUGCUUAAU